ACAUUACCUGAUCCUGAGCAGACAGGUUACACUGACAAGGAUCUAUCCACAGAAAAGGACCACUUUGCCUCUGCUGGAAAUGUGGAAUCUGCAAACGUCUCUGGCAAUCCUUGCGACUUUGAGUUUGACAGCUGUAAGUGGAUACAAAAAUGGAAAGGUGGAGAAAUCUUGCGAGAGCAUGAUGCCAGAACAUCACAGCCAACCCAACACUACUGCCAGUCCAUACACACUGACUGUGAACGCCAGUAAAUUCAGACCAGGGAUGGACAUCAGAGUCACUAUCUCUGGAAGGGAGCACUUUGAAGGCUUUCUAAUUCAAGCCCGAGAUGCUACAAACCCUGAUGGAUCAGCUGUGGGCUCAUUCGCAUUGGUAGAUCCAAAGAUUUCCCAGCGUUUGACAUGCAACAGCAUAGAGGGCUCUGCUGUUAGUCACACCAGUAAUGUCAAAAAGACAGAAAUUCAGGUGAUCUGGAAAGCCCCGUCAAAUGCUCCUCCCACUAUUCAGUUUUUUGCUACAGUUCUUGCCCACUACAAGACAUUCUGGCUCAAACUUCCUAGUCCGGUCAUAUCUCAGGGUGACGUGACUCCCGCUCCACCUCAAUCUACCACCGUCAUGUCUACAAACUCUGCAAGCACCUCUAUACUACCUGAGCCAUUCACUCCAGAGGGAUGUGGCAGGUGGAAGUCUUGUCUUAUUGACCCUGUCGGCUGUAACCCUUCUAUGGACACAAACUGCUUCUUCCUUUCGUUUUCUACUUUGGGUCAAAAAGUUUCGUUUGAGCUCAGCGGCCCUGCACAGGGAUACGUCUCCUUUGCCUUGUCCAAGGAUAAAUGGAUGGGAGAUGAUGAUGCGUACUUGUGCAUAAAUGACGGGGGUCGUGUAAGCGUUGAGCCUGCACACACAACAGGAAGGACAUACCCAGAGGAGGCAUCCCAGUCUGUGCUGACUGAUGUAGGCUGGAGAGUUUCCGAUGGGGUCAUUCAGUGCAAGUUCUCUAGAUCCAUCUACACCCCUCAGGAUCUGGUCCGAUUCAGUCUUAACAACAGUUACUACCUGUUCAUAGCACACGGCACUGCAGAAAAUGGUAUGAUCCAUAGACACACGUGGCAGCCACUGAUAUCGUCCCACCAUCAGAUCAUUACCGGCCCUGCUGAGAUACUGACAGGUUCUCGAUCUCCACUGCUCAUGAAAUAUCAUGGAGCUCUAAUGCUGAUUGCCUGGAUGCUAGCAGGAAGCACUGGAACAUUAAUCGCUGGCUAUUAUAAACCUGAUUGGCCAGAACGAACAUUGUUUGGGCAAACAAUAUGGUUCCAGGUGCAUCGCAUGUUGAUGUGUCUUACAGUGUUGCUCACAGCUGUGGGCUUCAUUUUUCCUUUUAUCUACCGAGGAAAAUGGAGCACAAGAGCAGGUGCUCAUCCCUACCUAGGCUGCACAGUUAUGAUCCUCACUUUCUGUCAGCCUAUAAUGGCUGCAUUCAGACCAGCUCCAGACUCCUCAAGGAGAUGGAUAUUCAAUUGGUUGCACUGGGGUGUUGGAAAUGCUGCUGAAAUUAUUGCUGUGAUUUCCAUAUUUUUUGGAAUAAAGCAACAGUCUCUUUUGCUACCUUACCCAUGGACCACAGGGGUUCUCUCUGCUUUUGUGGUUUGGACCAUUGUGUUAAAGCUUGUGUUAAAACUUCACAAGCAUGAUGUUAUUAGAAAAGGAAGUGUCAAUGAAGAUGAACUUCCAGUUAUCUCAGACUUUUCAGGGAAAGUAAACUGGGAUACCAAGUUUAGAGUUGCUGUCCUUGCUGUGUUCGUGCUCGGAAACUCAGCUUUCUGUAUCUCAAUGCUUGUCUCCAUAGGGAAUGUAUAACCAACAUAUGAAUCACAUGGCAGCUUUUCAGGAGAUAAACUGGGAUGAAGGCCUACAAUCAUUUAUACGGCAGAACAAAUCAUUAUCAGGUGUCAUUUCAUUUUAUUGCAAGGUUUGAACAAUAUUUUUGCAUUGAAAACAUCCUGCAAGGAAAAAACAUAUCUAUUAAGAUGCCAUUUCAAACAUGAAUAUUAUGACGUGAAAUUCACACAAAUUUUCAAUUAUUAUUUUCACGCAGGAAUAAAUGUUGACAUUAUAAGCAGGCAAUCAAAGCAUAAACUGUUUAAAAGGCUCACAAUGUAAUAAUGGUACAGAAGCCAGCUACUUAUCUGUAUGAUCUCUGGAAGCUACAUCCAUAAUAUACUUUAUAAUAUACAUUACAAGAAGCUGUUUCUCUUGUCUUAAAUUGCACUUUUAAUCAGAUAAAAUCAAUAAUAAAUUUAUUUUGAUUUACUUCUGCUCUCGACUGUAUGGCUAAAGUGACAACAUAGAAACAAGAAACUGAAUUGUUAAGACUCAAAAUUAGUAUUUAUUUUAAACAAUGUAUGUUAUGUGAAAUCAGAGUAAUAUAUUUCUCAGUGUUUGGCGCUAUUUUUGUACAUAGUGCAAUUUAGGCUUUACUUUAUAAAUUUUACAUCUGCAAUAAUAUAAAAGUGUACCCAGGAUAAAAUUCUGAAUGAAAAUACAAUUCGCAU